AUGCGCAGGACGUUGGAUAAUAUACGCAAGCGACUCUCGGUGCGCAGGACGGGAGGCGAGAACCCGCACCAGCUGCCGCAACUGACCCCGUUUAAUCUCGACCCGCAAACUCGGUUCCAAGGCAUCGUCGACACAGUUAUCCAGGAGAAUCGACGACAACGAAUGGCAUCCAUAGAGGACAGCGACAAUGCCAUUCCCGGCCCCAAGUUCACCCCAGAGGAGCUGGGAGAAACGAUACCAGCAGCGCCACCGUUGAACGGGACUCUCCCGCUGCCUAACGAACUCUUCUAUCUCAUCAUCGAGACGCACCUCUUCGACGACACAAUAUCCCUGCUACGACUCAGCAGGGCACUUCCAAUCUUCCAGCACCAAUGCUGGACACAGGCCUUUAGCAACGUCCCCAUCUCCAUUCGCGAACGCGGAUCCCGCAAAAAGAAACUCACGAGCAACGUCGAUCUGUUCCUACAACUUGUCACCCACAGCCCCCGAAUCCUGUCCUACAUACGCGGUUUAGACAUUAAAGACUGCGGACGACACAGCUACCGCCAUUCCCUCGAUGCCACCAGCGGCCAAGACCUAACCACUCUCGCUCUCCUCCUCGUCCUAGGCCAGCGCAUGCCUCGCUUGCGCUCGUUCAAAAUCCGCUGCUCGAUCCACUGGGCCAACCUCCCGGACCAGCUCCAAGCUGCCUUUAUCACCUUAUUCCAAAACUCUACCAUUGAGGAAGUGGUGUUGUGCGACCUGGCCCUGCCCGUCAACCUUCUAGGCACGAUCCCCCGCCUCAAGUCCGUGGACAUCCAAACAGGGGGUGUCGGCCUCCCUUUGCUGCACCCCGCUGCCAUCCUCGGCCCACGCAAGAAGAUCGAGUCCCUGCGGAUACGCGACCGGAAUCCGUUUGGACAUGCAGCGAGUACUGUCGGUUUGGGGUCGAUGGAGUGGCGGGCUCGUCCGUUCUCGCUUUCGCAUCUGAAGAGGCUGGAGAUCUGUUUACCGGGCAACAGGCUCUCGACCAUUCAGCAUGGGUUGUCCCUCUGCACGUCGUUGGAGUCGUUGAAGGUGUUUGUUGGGACUGCUGGCGGAUUACCCCAAUCCAUCGACUUGCAGUCUUUAUCGCUGCUCAAGCACCUGACAUUGUCAGCGGACGUGUCAAGCGCUGUCGUAUAUGAGCACCGCUUCCACUGGCUCAUUACCGCCCUGACCUCCCUCUCCCGGAGCGUUCACCAGGCACUUGAGGACCUCACCAUCCUCAUGCGCAUUGACACACUCCUGCGCAGCCGAGAAUGCGACUGGGAACUCCUGGAUAACGUAUUUUCUAUAGAUAACAAGGAUGGAUCGAAUGUCGAGAACAAACCCAAGGUUUUCGAUGCGGACAGACCAAAUCCGGAGGAGGAAGGCACGGACAGUGGGACUCAAAACCCUGUCGCACAUGGUCUGAGGGGUACCAAUAUCCGAUUAAAACCUCGGGUCGAAGGAGAGGACAGACUGGCUAGGGUCGAAGAGAGCGACGACGAAAUAGCACCAGGAAAAUGGAGCAGCCUUCGAACGGUCAACAUUAUCUGGUGUACAAGUAGGAGAGAGGACUUGAGGGAAGACCUCAACCAGGAUUUCGUAAAUGAACUUCCUAUGCUCAUGCCUAACCUCGCGGAACGACGUGUAGUAGUCAAAGCGCAAACCACAUACUCCGACGCAAUGUACAACUUCUGGACGUUCACAUAA